AUGGGUCGACUCGCGUUCGACCUCCUCUUUUUAAAGCGGCUAAUCACCCUGAUACGCCUGCUUUUCCCGUUGAAUCGACGCUCGAUAACGCUAUACUUAGCGGGUGGCGUGUUGCUGGGAACGCUUCUAGACCAAAUCACCACUUAUUUCGUGGGCGUGAUCCCCAGCGAAUUUUAUGUGGUGCUGGCGAAUCGAGAUUCGAAGGAAUAUCGAGUGCUCAUCGCCAAGGCAGUGAUUAUCAUCUUGGCGAAAGCUUUGACGUUGGCCGGCGUCAAAUAUGCCGCAUCGCUGCUCUACCUCCGUUGCCGACGGAUAUGUGACUACGCGUUGCAUCGGCUCUAUUUCAAGCGGAAUGCCUUCUACAAGAUCAGCAACAACCACAUGGAGAAACUCGAUAAUCCGGACCAAAGGAUGACACAGGACGUCGAGAAAUGCGCACGGCUGCUCUGUAUGGAGUUGUUGGGGCCGGUGCUCAGCGCACCGUUCGUCAUCUUCUACUACACGUACUUGACGUACCAAAGCACUGAUUGGAUGGGCCCGGUGGCGAUCCUCGUCUAUUUCUUGGUGGCCACCCUCGUCAACAAGAUCAUCCUCUCCCCGAUUGUCAAUUUCGUGAAUCAGCAGGAAAAGCAGGAGGGCGAUUUCCGUCAGCGUCAUAUGGAAGUGCGUGCCAACAGCGAGUCGAUCGCCUUCUACCACGCUGGACUCAUCGAGAACGUGCUCGCCAAUCAGAAAUUGACUGGCCUGCUCGCCGCGCAACGAAAACUGGUGGAUUGGCGCUUCGUGCUCGGGUUCAGCACGCAGUUCUUCGACUAUUUCGGCGGGAUUCUGUCGUAUUUGUUGAUGGGCAUCCCGAUUUUCAUGACGGAUGCGUAUGCGGGGAAAACGGGCGCCGAGCUGACCGGAAUCGUCUCUAGGACGGCCUUCUACUACCUAUACCUCAUCUACUGCUUCACCAACCUCAUCAACCUGUCCGAAAAGUUGGGCGAUAUGGCUGGCGUGACGCAUCGCGUGGUCGAACUGCUUGAAGAGCUGCGAAAGCUGCACGCCGACUGCCUGGAGACGGAUCGACCGCCAUCUACGGUUCCGUCGAGCGUGGUCGUGAUGGCUUCGGAUGACGAUCCGGCGUCGAGUGACAAGAUCCGGAAACGCGAUCCGAAUACGAUUGCUGAACUCCACGGAAAACAGCUCCUUGAUGGCGAUGAUGAGGAAGAAGCCGCUUUCUUACUACAAGGAGGCGAUCGUGAAGAUGAAUGGCCAGAUGAUGGGGUGGCGCUGACCCUCGAUUCGGCGAGUCUGGCGAAACCGCACGAUCCGAGCACCGUCAUCGUCAGCAACCUCUCCCUGCAAAUCGUCCAGGGCCAAAACCUGCUGAUCAGCGGCGACUCGGGCGUGGGCAAGACGUCGCUCUUCCGGUUAUUUGCUGGGCUGUGGCACUCGGUGGCAGGAAAAAUGGAUCGUCACUGGCGCUCGCGGCCCCACAAUAUGUUCUUCCUGCCCCAAAAGUCAUAUCUGCCAUCUGGGGGGACAACAUUGAGACAACAACUCGUCUAUCCCGUCAAGGCAUUGCCUGUCGAAAAAGACACUGCCCGCCUGACGCACAUUCUGGAGAUUGUGAAAUUGGAGGGGCUGCUCGAUCGAUGUGGCGGAUAUGAUGUGCCUGUUGAAUGGGAAUGGAUGGAAACCCUAUCGCCGGGUGAGCAACAGCGAUUAUCUCUGGCUCGUGCUCUCUAUACAAGACCUCGAGUCGUCUUCCUCGACGAGGCCACGUCGGCCAUCGGAUUCGAGAUGGAGGCCGCCAUUUAUCGAGCACUACAACAAGAGGGCGUUACGGUAGUGUCGAUCGGCCAUCGCUACUCGCUGAAACAAUACCACGAAAUGGAGCUUCGAUUGACAGGGCAUGGCGAGUGGAGGCUGCACGAUAUCGAUUCGCAAUCGAUCAUCUCCCGUACGCAGUCCAUCCUCGGAACAGAUACCGUACUCUCAUUU